AUGCCACUCGUGGCAGCUGCAAACACUCCACCUCCUCUGGUGACGGCGCCAACCAGCGAGGCGCAAUUUCUCCGCAGAGGCUCCCGUGUGCAGGACUCCCCAAUUGCAGAAGAAGAUGAGUCUACCGCUAGCGAGCCGGGUGAGCCUCUCACUCCCACCAGCCAUACCAGCGACUCUACUCGUUUCACCCAUCCCUUCUCGGACCCCUUCCACAACAAUGAGCCCCAAGACUUCCUGACUCCGGCUGCCGCCAUGGAGGACGGCGACGUAAAAUCGUUGCCAGCUGCGCCUCCGCGGGCCUCUCGUGUAGCGCGCCCGGUUAGUCGCGCCUCAUCAAGCCUCACACCAGCAGAGCCGCAACCGUCCUCUGCGUCUGAAAAACCAGGCAUCGGGAAGCGCGUCGGGUCAUUCGUGCGCGGCAAGCUCCAUCGUGGGGCGUCGCACAAGGAUGGACCCAUUCAAAAUGAGAAAACCAAGGUUCAAUCAAAGGACGCGCCCAAGACUGAGAAAAUGAUUGUCAAAACUGGCGUAGACGGCCCGGCAGAAGUCUCCACGCCCGCCGUGGAGAUCCCACGAAGCGGUCGCAGAUUCAGCUCGUUCUCGCUCUCUGGGCGCAAUACUCCCAAGUCUUCACAUUCCAUUUCCGGCCCACCAUCGCCUGGUUCCCCAAACAGCACCAUCUCGCACGGGCAGAGCCAGAGCAAGUUGCGACCAAGUCACAAGCACUCGGCAUCAUCUACUGCGAUUUCCAACAUGACUAAAGAGAAGGCUCCGGGCGUUAAAUUUGCUGGCAAUGGCGGAAGGGGCGGGAAACGGCAUGCAUGGAACCGGAGACGUUCAGCAAGCACAGAACAGGUUGCCAAAGUGGAUUUCGACGAUGAAGAGACGACUGCGGCUCUGAUGGCAACUUACUCCAAGCCAGCUAAUCGAGGCGUGGGUUCUAAAGCUCGCCGUUUGAGCUUGAGCCUGCCUGAUGAGUUCGUCGUUGACUCGUGUGACCUCGACAAGGAAUUUAAGAGCUCUAGUCUGAUGCCUGGCAAGAGAGGGAAGAUUUUGGGCAAGGGAGCUACGUCUGAGGUCCGCAUCAUGGCUCGAAGAGGCUUCGGGGGUGAAGAUUUGGUUGCCGUCAAAGAGUUCCGCCCACGCGACAAGGACGAGACGGAAUCUGACUAUGUCGACAAGAUCAAAUCCGAGUACAGCAUCGCCAAAAGUCUUCACCAUCCAAAUAUCGUCGAGACGGUGCGGCUGUGCACGAAUCGCGACAGAUGGAAUCAUGUUAUGGAGUACUGCGCCUAUGGUGAGCUGUUCUCGCUGGUAGAGCGCAAACUCUUCGCAGGCGGUGCCGAGGGAUACUACUCCCCAGAAGACCGUCUAUGCUUCUUCAAGCAGCUGCUGCGGGGCGUCGACUACCUACACAGUCACGGUAUCGCACAUCGCGAUAUCAAGCUGGAAAAUUUGCUGCUCAACAAGGAGGGCCAUCUGAAGAUCUCCGACUUCGGUGUUGCGGAGGUUUUCUGCGGCGAGCAUCCUGGUCUACGUCGUGCAGGUGGCGAAUGCGGAAAGAACAUGGGUGAAGUCCGGCUCUCUGAUCCUGGGAUCUGCGGCAGUCUUCCCUACAUCGCACCUGAGGUGCUCGAGAAGAAAGGCAGAUACGAUCCACGACCGCUUGAUAUCUGGUCGUGCGCUAUCGUUUAUCUCACCAUGACCUUCGGAGGUUGCCCGUGGCAAGCAGCGAAGCCGGAUUUCCCAUAUUACGCCAGGUACAAGAAGGGAUGGGAUGAAUGGCUACCAAAUCAUCCCCACGAAGAUAUCACCCCGGACAAUCAUCCCAAGUGCGGCAAACUUUUCAGUCUUAUCAACCCUCCGCCACUCAAGCGUAUGAUGCUAAAGAUGCUUCACCCGAACCCAGACAAGCGAAUAACGAUUCGCGAAAUCCUCGAUACGCCCGUGAUCAAGAACAUAGCAUGUUGUUGCCCAGAGAGCUACGAGGAUCCGAAGUACGUCAUCGACGCUUCCAAGAGCAGAAGAGCCGGGCCUCCGCCGAAGAAGUACCUCCACCACCAUAUUCCGCCCAAGCCUGAACACAAGAUCGCCAAGGCUUUCGCCCAUCGGUUCGACAUGGGUGAAUGA